AUAAACGCAGUGCCGAAGCUAAAGACUACGAUGACUACUACUCCUACUAUGAUUACUAUGAUUACGAUGACUAUUACUACUCCUACUAUGAUUACGAUGACUAUUACUACUCUGAUUACUACGAUUACGAUGAUUACUACUACUCCUACUACUCUUACGAUGAUUAUGACGACUACUACUACAAAAAAUCAUCCUACAAACGAAGUGCAAUGCCAGCUCGUACAUAAACGUGCUGCUAAAUCCGCUCCACAUAACAACAAGCGUGCUGCAAAACCUGCUGCAAAACACGAAUCCACCAAAAAGUCAUUUUUUGCUCUUUGCCCUUUAUUCCCUUAUACAAAAUGUACUAGUCAUUAUUUUAUAUGA